AUGGAAUUCAGUAAUAAUCUUAUUAACGACCCUUCAAAUGAUAUGUUGAACGAGCAAGUUAAAGCAUUAAAUGAAAGAAUUGAUGCAUUACAAGAAGAAAAUACUAAAUUAAUAUUGUAUAACAAUACUGAUGAGAAGACGUCGGAUCUUAUAGAUGAAAAUAAAUUAAAAUUGCUUGUCACAAUAUCAAAAUCCAUUGAUGAACAUUUAUCAGAGAGUCAUACUCGUCUUACUUGGCCCCCUUCCACACCAAACACAAAUAACAGCAACAUUGUUCUAUCGUCAUCAGAGGACGAAGAUACUUUAGUAACGAGCAAUAACACUACUUUAAAACCUUAUCCCCACCAACCUCAACUCAUAACCUUAAACUCUGAAAAUAACGGUGCCCCAUCAUUCGGUACUGAUACAACAGGUCAUGAAACUACAGCUAUUACAACAAAUAAACCGGGUCAUCAAAAUCCUUUUCAUUUUAUCACAAGUAAUAUGAAUGCCAACAAUACGAACAGGCUUAAUAAUCAAAAAAGAUUUAUCAAUAACAAUAAUAAUAACGCUCUUAAUAAUAAUAACAACAACAAUCUUAAUAAUCUUAAUAUCAGACAACAAAAUAAUGGCAACAAUAAUAAUCAAAAUAAUCAAAAUAAUCAAAAUAAUAUGAAUUUCAGUAACCGUCAAAAGAAUAAUAACAACAACUACAACAAUAAUAACAAUAAUAGUAAUCAAUAUACUCUCUUUGUAUCUUGGCCAGGAGUAAUCUCAGGAGAGGAAGAAAUUUAUAGUUUAUUUAAUAGUGACGAUAUUGCUGAUAUUAGAUAUGUGCAAGGAAAACAAUUUGCUCAUGUUGAUCUUAAGUCUCAAGAAGCGUUAGAUGAAGCUAUGAAAUUGAAUUCAGUGAACCACAAUUCCCACAAUUCCCAACUUCAAUUCAAUCAAUUUUUGACGCCUGGCUCUUAUACUUCUGUUAAAAUGGGAAAUGAUAUGAUUUUUAAUCGUCAAAAGAAUAACAACAACAAUUAUUAUUCUACCAUCUUUAUAUCUUGGACAGGAACAGUCUCAGGGAUUGAGGAACUUUAUGGUUUAUUUAAUAAUGAAGAUGUUGCUGAUAUUAGGUAUGUGCCAGGAAAACAAUUUGCUCAUGUUGAUCUUAAGACUCAAGAAGCGUUAGAUGAAGCUCUGAAAUUGAAUUCAGUGUCGUAA